GCGGGGGAGCGAGCCAGUUGAAGUGCAGUCGACUGGUUACAUUUUGAGGACUUAGCUUAGCACAUUUUCUGUCAAUGAAUGUGGUGUUUUCUCUGAGUUGGUGAGCUGUUGUGGAAGUCAGCGAGGAAAUUAACUGUGGGAAAUGGCUCCAAAGAAGGGAAAGGGAGGUGAUGCACCAAAGCCGCCACCACUGAUUGGAAGGUUUGGCACUUCAUUGAAAAUAGGAAUUGUUGGCCUGCCCAAUGUUGGGAAGUCAACCUUUUUCAACGUGUUGACAAAGAGUCAGGCUGCAGCUGAAAAUUUCCCCUUCUGCACCAUUGACCCAAAUGAAAGCAGAGUGCCCAUUCCAGAUGAACGCUAUGAUUUCCUCUGCCAAUUCCACAAACCUCCCAGCAAAAUCCCAGCAUUCCUUAAUGUUGUCGACAUUGCUGGCCUGGUGAAAGGUGCUCAUGCUGGCCAAGGCCUGGGAAAUGCCUUCCUGUCCCAUAUCAGCGCCUGUGAUGGCAUCUUCCACAUGACACGUGCUUUUGAGGAUGAGGAUAUCAUCCAUGUUGAGGGGACAGUGGACCCAGUGAGGGAUAUGGAGAUCAUCCACGAGGAGCUGAGGCUGAAGGAUGAGGAGAUGAUCGGCCCUAUUAUUGACAAGCUGGAGAAGACAGCCAUUAGAGGCGGUGACAAGAAACUCAAACCAGAAUACGACGUUAUGUGCAAAAUCAAGAGCUGGGUAAUGGAUGAAAAGAAACACAUCCGCUACUAUCAGGAUUGGAACGACAAGGAGAUCGAAGUGUUGAACAAAUACUUGUUUUUGACAUCCAAACCAAUGAUUUACCUCGUUAACCUCUCUGAGAAAGACUACAUCAGGAGAAAGAACAAAUGGUUGGUGAAAAUCAAGGAGUGGGUGGACAGUCAUGACCCUGGAGCCUUGGUCAUCCCCUUCAGCGGCGGCCUGGAGAGCCUGCUACAGGACAAGAGCGAAGAGGAGAGGCAGCAGCACUGCACAGAGCACAAGACGCAGAGUGCCCUGAGCAAGAUCAUCAAGGCAGGCUACGCAGCCCUGCAACUGGAGUACUUCUUCACUGCUGGACCAGACGAGGUCCGUGCAUGGACCAUUCGGAAAGGAACUAAGGCUCCACAGGCUGCGGGGAAGAUCCACACAGACUUUGAGAAGGGCUUCAUUAUGGCGGAAGUAAUGAAAUUCCAGGAUUUUAAAGAGGAAGGCAGUGAGAGCGCUGUCAAGGCUGCAGGAAAAUACAGACAGCAAGGAAGAAACUAUGUCGUUGAAGAUGGAGACAUCAUCUUUUUCAAGUUUAAUGCACCAAACGCACCAAAGAAAAAGUGACACAAGAACAAUCUGUUUGUUUACAUAACUGACUGUGCUUGUUAGUGCCCCCCCCC